UGAUGUUCACCGCGGUGAGCUUAGCCGUGCGGUCGCUACAACUUUCCCGGUGUGAUAGCUCUGCUUUCUGCGCGGAAUCAACUGAACACGCGAAACCGUUUGCAUCAAGGUCGUUGCCAAGUUAUUGCUCGAUAAAUAAUGAACGCAAAUAUUUUUUUACUGAUGACCACGAGGGAUUUGGCUUGAUUGGUGCUUGUGCUUUAUAAAGUUUGGUUCAGACACAUGGUUACCGGGGAAUUGGGGGUGCGUGGGACUAAAUAGUGAGUUAUUAAGUUCAAGGACACGGAUACUGCGGCCAACACUAGAUGGAACGUCAGGCAAAUGAGACAGGUGAUGGAAGUGAAUGAUUGACAGUCCGAAGUGACUGGAAGAACAACGUACCUCGGACGGAAAAAACACUAAAACUGGACCAUCAAAGAUGGCGGUUAACGCAAUGGGGAAGUGGUUGUUGCCGUAUCUCGGUGUCGUUCUUCUCAUUCUAGUUACUCCCAGUCCAGCGGCAAUCCGCAAAGCGGAACGCGAUCACUGCAACAAAACUGUGGACAUUUACGAGGAUGUGUCUAGUCCAGCAGUGACACCGGAUACCUGGGGCAAACCAUUGACCUGCUGGUACCGAUUCAGGGCAUUUCGUGGUACACCGAGGGACUGGAUAUUGCGAGUGAGAUUUAAGAAAUUCAAAGUCGGUGUCUUGGCCAAUGCCACGACAUGUCUGGGUGGUUUUCUUCAGAUAAUCGAUGGAAACACAAAAACCGCAGUGAGCAAUCGCAAAGAUCCCGGAAUAUUUUGCGGUGAAUCGGAGCAGCCCCAAACCUUCAUCUCCGAGACGAGUUUUGUCCGCGUAUUAUUCCACGCUGACAAUUUCACUGACCAAACUUACUUCAGUUUUGACUCACGUGCAGAGCAGCAGUUCGAAGUUUACUUGCGUUACGGCCAACAUCCUGAGCUAUAUCCAAAUCGUCGUGGUGAGGUAGUGCCAGGUAGUUACUGCGAGCGUGAUUUCAAGGACUGUCGUCUCCAGACAUGUUACGUCCAGAGUCCAGCUUAUCCCGGUAUAUAUCCUCGUGCACUACACUGCAAAUACCGUCUAAACACUAGGCAGCCCUUCAUAAAAUUAUACAUCGAGAACGAGGAGUUUAAUAUCGAUGGUCAACGAUGCGAGAACAUCAUGACAUGCCCAAUGAGACCAAUAAGUUCUGGCUCACAACACUGCCCCUACGACUACAUACGAGUUUACGAUGGCAAAGAUGAAACAUCAUCCGUUAUUGGUACAUUCUGCGGUAUGGGAAAAUUUCCAUACAGCAUCAUCGGUACAAGUGCUGAUCUGUACGUUGAAUUUGUCUCAUCACCAGCUGGACCACUCCUAAACACUGGCUUUCACUUUAACGUUGGCAAUUGGCCAGCACACGUUGAAACAGCUGGUGUUAAAAAUGGCUCAUGCGAUUGGCUCCUAAACAGUGAAUCCCUUGUUGCAAAUGACGAAGGUAUAUUUCUAUCGGUUGCUCACUGGUAUCCACCCCACACAAGUUGUACGUAUCUUCUCAAAGGACGACCUGGCGAAAUAGCACGUCUCUAUUUUCCAAGUUUCCGUGUUAAUCGCAUUGAAUCACCAAUUUUGCCUUACGACGGCGACUGCGGUGAGAGUCUCACCCUCUACGAUGCUAAUUGGCCAGAUGAUGCCAGAAUAAUAAAGACAUUCUGCGAUACAUUCAGCAAGCCAAUGGAGAAGUAUGAUUUUGUAUCAACGUCCAACGCAAUGUUUGUCAGAUUUGAGAGUAAAACUGGUAGUUACUCGGGUAGUUCACUGUACUACUGGGCCCAUUAUGAUUUCUUCAAUGCUACGAGGUUCGGCGAACCGGUGCCAAAUACCGAGUGCGAUGAGACUUUUACGUCGUGGAAAACUCAGUCCGGUAAAAUGAGGUCACCAUUGAAUACAUUAUUGUAUAAACGCCCUGGCGAUCCACCCAAUGAUCUGGUCUGCACGUACACAUUCAUCACCGAUAAGAGGCUAUUCGCUCGUAUUAUUUUAACUGUUGAAUCAGUAACAUUCAAAGAUAAUCCAUACAGCCAGUGUGGCCACUGCUGGGAGAGUCGUGCUGAUCGUAUUAUUGUACGUGAACCAGCACCAGAAUCCGGCAAAGGACACUGUCUUUGCAGAUUAUCACCACCACUGGCACCAUUGAAGAUUGUCUCACGCGGUGACAGGCUCGAGUUGAAGUUCAUGGUCGAUGGUGGUCAUGCUGCAAACAGUUAUUUCAAACACUCAGCUGCUCUGUUCAGGGCACGCUAUGAAUUUGUACAUAGUCCACUGUGUGGGCCAGCUUUACUACCACCUGCAACUGAUGGAGAAAUUGAAUUUCCCAAUUAUGAGGCGCUUGGCUAUGUGACACCACCCCGAUCCAUCAAGUGUAUCUGGGAAUUACGGGUCAAUGCAGAGAAGGAUUUGUGGCUGCAUUUUGAUAAAAUUAAAUUUGCAUCGAGAUCCUGUGAGGAUGGAAAGUUGGAGAUAUUUCUCGGUGGUAUGGUGGAGCCAUAUUUGGCCAUUUGCGGUGAAAAUGUGAGCUAUGUUAGGGAGAUGCCAAUAUUUUCAGCUAUUCAGCUUGGCCAGCCGAAAAUUGCCAAUGGCGAACCACCACCAGUUGUUAUUUUAUUCACCGGCUCAAUGGCACCAGCUCGAGUUGCCUUUAAGAUUGCAUGGACAGAAUUAUUUAGAUUACCGCGUGAUGGUUCCGGGCAAUUGAAAACCCAGAAACUUGAGGGAUGUGGAUUUCAGUGUCCGGGUAACACGGGAUGUAUACCGGAGCAUUUAGUGUGCAAUGGAGUUGUUAAUUGUCCAACGGUAAAUUUGGCUGCGGGCACGUACAAUGUCAGCCUGAUGGAGCCAGACGACGAGUCGAUUGAGACAUGCGGGGGACCUGUAGCUGGGGGGAGUGGUGCAAUGGGUGGUCCAGCUGGAUGGGCGGGAGCUGGACUUGGUGCUGGUCUAGCUAUUAUGCUUGGUCUUGCUUGUCUUGUUGCUGUUUGUAGGGUGUGCAGGCGGAGGAGCAGAUCCAGAGAUAUUCAUGUUCCGUAUUAAAGGGGUAAAGCGAUCGUAAGGCUCGAUGAGACGUGCCGAAAUUUUCCUAAGUUCAUGAAAUAUCAACUUGAGUUUAUGAAGCUCUCAAAGUCUAUGCCAAAGUCGUAAACUCGGAUAAGUGCAAUACUUUUGAAAAAAAUUCUAUUGCUUAAAUCCAAAGUUGCAUCCUUGUUUACCACUUCGUUACAGAACUGCGAUCUUUCAAAGUCUUAACAUGAAGCUUUCACAAGAUUUCGAAGCGCAUUAUCCGGUAUAUAAUCGAGUCAGUGAUUAAAAAUAAGCCCACAGCCACUAGACAGUUGAAUGCACUUUGAUGGCCGAGAAUCCCAAUAGUUCUUACUCGGUGAAUAAGAUCUACGGUGGAAAUUCAUAUUGAAAAUUAUAGUAUCCAUGCUUUGGAUGCAUCAAGUUCAUUAGUCGAGAUCGACGGAUCUCAGUAAAUAACAAGUCCGUCGGUCAUAUGCAUUCGAGAAAUGUAAAAAAAAAAUACAUAGAAAUGGGUCUCGGAGCACUGCUCCACCCUCGAAUGUCACCGAGAACCAUUAAAUUAUGUAUUUCAUCUGAAUUUCAUAUUUAUUCACUGGAUUGGAAAUAUAAGCAAUCGUGAAUAACGAUUUUUAUGUUAUAUCGAUGUACAUAUCGUAUGAUUUAUUUACGGAGGGUACUCUGAUGCUGCAUCUGUGAAAUUAUUGAUAAAUUGCCCCGUGAGAUGAAAUUUUCUAGAGGUGUUUUAUGCACACAGACGAGAAAAGCUACAGUUUCUGGCGACAAACGGUAUAAGACGGCACUAUCAAACAUCCUAUAGAAUUUUUAUACGUAACAGUUUGAAUUAAUCCAGACCUUAGCUACACUGGGGGAAUCCUGUUACAAAUACCUGUUCAGAAAUUGAUUAUGACAGGUAUAAUUAAAUUCCAGUGUUGAUGAAGGAAUAUUCGACAAGACAGAAUGAAGUUUCUGACAUUUGCUUGGCGUAAUUCCGCGCACAUUGUUGACCCAAUUUUCACUUCCAACGUGGCGGACUGAGACAAUAAUCGUUCCGCCAAAUUUGAUAAUCCAGUUAAGAAGUAAUUUAAUAGAUCGAGAAGUAAGAUAUUAUUAAAAUUGAAGAGAGAAUGACAAAUAUGAAUAUCUCUGCUUGUAAAUACCCCCCUCCCCUUGAUGGUAGGCAUUGAUUUACCAUUUGUUUUCGAAAAAAAAAAGAAAAUAUGAAGAUUAAUUAUUGAAUUAGUUUAGAUUUCAAUUAUAUAUCGACGCAAUUAAUAUUGUAAUUAUUACUGUAUCAAUGAUUAUUAUAUUUUUUACAAAUAAAGACGAUGAAACUUA